AUGCCGUCCAAAGUGACCAAGGCGAAUGUCACGCCUAUGAACGGCAAGGCGGCAACGACGUCGGCAGCAGUAACCGGGAUCGAGCCAAUCUCGAAGAGAAGACGACAGCGUUCCGCUAGCAAUGCCGAGGCAGCACGACCUUCGUCCUCGGUCACACCUGCUUCUCGCAAGAUCGUCUCGCGGAAUCGUCUGUUCGCACCCUUCCGUGCCCUCGGCCUGAUCAGCAACGAUGUCCCGUUCGCCCUUCAGACCCGAUUUGGUGGCAAGGAUGCUACUACACCCGACGUCAACGUCAUCACCUGCCUGGGCGACAGUUGGGCGAUGUGGGACGCAGAAAAGAUGACUCUGCUCUUCGUAUCGACAUCGUUGCCGGCACCUAUCUCCUCACUCGUGAUCUCACUCACUCCGGAUGCUGUGCUCGCCGCCGCCGGAACAAAGGUGUAUCGUUUCAAGCGUGGAAAGGUGGACGCCGUAUACGACACCGUCGAUCAUCUGAUGGCAAGAUUUGACAAGCCCAACGGUCAUCAACAUGACGACCAAGCCGACGACUCUUCCGACUUGGAUUCGGAUUCCAGCUCCGGAUCGUCAGCGACCGAUGCUGAGGUACAGGACGGACAAGGAACAAACCUUUCCUCCUUGAUCGUCUUUGGUGAUACCAUCGUAGCGCUGUCCUCUGAAGGACGUAGCGUCUUUAUCUGGUCUGUUGCCAGUACAGAGUUGAUUCGCCGUAUCGAUUUGCCAGCCGACUUCGUGGCGAGCUCCCUCAUUCACCCAGCCACCUAUCUAAACAAGAUCUUGAUCGGAUCAACCGAUGGCCAGCUUGCGCUCUGGAACAUUCGAACGGGAUCGCUCGUUCACGCUUACGACGCCGAACGUCUUCGCACGUCUGCAGCGGGUCCAAAUUCAGCAUCCACCACCGCCGCUAUCGUCAAUCUGACCCAGUCACCCGCCGUCGAUGUCGUUGCGGUCGGGUUUGCCGACGGUCACGUCCUUUUGCACGACAUUCGCCUCGACGAAAGCCUCUUCGCCGUUCAUGCAUCUGGUGGCCUCUCUUCUGGCUCCAUCUCCUUUCGCUCCGAUGGCAAGCAACACUCGGUCGCCAUUGCCACCAACUCGGGCAACAUUAGUAUCUUUGAUCUCGAGCCGGCUGCUGGCUCCGGACCAAGCUCAGCCAACAACGGUCCAAGAUUGACCUAUUCUAUCCAGGAUGCGCACGACGGAGCUGUAGGGAGCAUCGAGUUUGUGCCGGGCCAACCUUUGCUCGUCUCGUCUGCCGGCGACAACAGCUGUAAGCAGUGGUUCUUCGAGUCUGCCUCCAUGCCCCCGCGUCUGCUCAAAGGCCGCUCAGGUCAUCAUCAACCUCCUCACCUCAUUCGAUACUAUGGCGAAGACGGCAAGGAGAUUCUCUCGGCCGGACGUGAUCGGUCGAUACGAAGCAUCUCCGUGGUUCGAGACUCGCGCUCGCACGAGCUCAGCCAGGGUGAGCUUCAGAAAAAGAGCAAUCAGUUCUCUGUUUCCGUGUCUUCGCUUAAGCUUCCCGUCGCCAGUUCGCUGUCUUUCAGUUUGACUCGCAGCCGUGACUGGGACGACGUGCUCACAACACAUCAAGGUCGACAAUUCGCCAACACCUGGACGGUGAGAGACAAGAGGAUGGGCAAGAAGCCGCUGUCCGCAUCGGCGGAUCGCAAAAUCAUUGCAGAAGCCAGAACGGCCUGCGUCAGCGCUUGCGGCAAUUUUGGCCUCAUUGGCAAUUCGGAGGGUCUCGUAGAGGUGUACAACAUGCAGUCGUACGCCCACAGAAGGACUUUCGACACUCGACCCAUUGACCCGAUGGGUCCGGCUAAGGCCAAAGAGUUCCCAGCAGGCUCGAGAAAGGCGCAAGCGGCGCUCAACGCCCGCAUCAAGGGCUCAGCUGUAACCGGCAUUGCUACUGACGCGCUCAACCGCUUCGUUAUCAUCAGCACCAUGGACGGCAAGUUGUCGUGGUAUGACUUCACCUCGACUGACUUGUUGCAUCGAACGACCAUCUCCACCUCUGGUAUCUCGUCGAUCCAACUCCAUCGAGAAUCGAACCUGCUCCUGAUCGUUUCGGACGACCUUGUGCUCAGACUCGUGGAUAUCGAGACGCACCGCGUUGUGCGAGAGUUUGUCGGUUUCCGCGGACGCAUCCUCGAUGCUUGCUUCAGCAACGACGCACGAUGGAUCGUCGCAACUUCGAUGGACGCCGUCAUUCGCACGUUUGACAUUCCUUCGUCCCGUCUCAUCGACGCCUUCAAGGUGGACAGCAUCGCCACUUCGGUCACGUUUUCACCCACCGGUGAUUUCAUGGCCACGGCUCACGUUGACAGCGUCGGAAUCUAUUUGUGGGCAAACAAGGCGCAAUUCUCUCCCGUUGCCAUGCAGGGUCUGGACGAGCUGGCCGAGGUGGUGGACAACGAGGAUGAAAUUAUCACUGUGUCGUUGCCCACAGUCCAAGGCGAUGUCGAAGACGCGGCUCUGGCCGAAUUUUCAGACGCGUUGCUGCAAGUAGGCGAGCCCGAGCUGCAGCGUAUCUACACGUCGCCGCCGCAGCUGGUCGACACCUCGCGCGAAGAAGGUGGUCUGGUAACGCUUUCCACCAUGCCGCGAGCUCGCUGGAUGACGUUGAUCAACCUCGACACCAUCAAGCAGCGCAACAAGCCCAAAGCUGCGCCACAGAAACCAGAGGCGAAGCGAGCGCCCUUCUUUUUGCCUCAAACUGUCUCUGGAGUCGACUUCAAGUUCGAUCCCACAGCACCAACUCCUUCAGCCGACGGGGAAGCAGCAGACAAAGGCGAGAAAUCCAACAUCUUCUCCUCCGGUGGCAUCAGCUUCAAGACCGAGUUCCAAGAGCGACUCGAAGCAGCUGCGGAGAGAGACGAUGUCCCUGGCUUCUUCAUCUACCUGGAAACCUUGUCGACUCCGCAGCUGGACAUCGAGAUCCGAUCACUCACAGCCACCGACGAUCUGGUCGCGUUCUUGACAAUGCUCUUGAAGCGUCUCAAGCAGCAUCGUGACUUUGAAGCUGUGCAGGCGUUGCUCGCCACCCUGUUGAAGGUGCACACGGAUCUGAUUCUCGAGACAUUCAGUCCCGAGACGGAGGAGGGCGCUGAGGAUGAUGGGGACAACGACGAUGAAGACAUGGAGGACGGCAGCGAAAUCGGACAGGGUGAUGCGGAAGAGACCAGGAAGUUGAAGGGCGUCAUCCGAAAGUUGAUUCGCGCCCAAGUAGCGGAGAGCAAUCGUCUGAACGGCUUGCUGGAUCACUGCCUCGGAACACUGGCCUUCUUGCGAGGUCUGCCCAUGACCUGA